UGUGAAGGUUAGUGUCUCAAUGUUAAGAUGAAGGUGGCGGCGGCAGUGUGGGCGGCGGCGGGCACUGUGCUGUGCCUGGCGGUGGCUGUGAGGGGGGCUGAUUUCUACCGUGCCGAGGCGAAAGGCGAGGACGAGAGGGACGAGAGAAUCUUCGCCAUCCGGGUCCACACCUCCGUGACGCGGCUGGCCUCCACGACCCUGAGCGCGCUGUCGACCUGCCUCUCCGUGGUCACCAGCACAGCGUGCAACGGCCGCAAGAAGAGGGAGUUCUACAACCAACUGGAAGCCCUCGAGGGACCUUAUGCCGACACCGAUUUCAAGCUAUCAGGAAGCAUGGACGAAGAAGGAGCAGAAGAGGAGGAGGUGACGAGCAGCACCGAGGAGGAGGAGGAGGAGGCCAUGGAGGGGGAGGCUGUGACCGGCAGGGAUGGGAAGAAGCUCACCAUCUGGUCCACAAGCCUCACCACCCUCACCAUCACCUCCACCUCCUACAUCCCCGGAACCACCAUCACCGCCAGCGCCUUCUGCACCGCUCCGGGCAUCACCGAAGGCUGCUUUGGGUAAGGUCAAGUGAGGUCAGUGAAAUGCCGCGUGACCUCUGACCUUUACCCGUGACCGCUUGACCUGACCCCCGGACCUCCCCCCUCCCUCAACCCUCCCCCCCCUUAGCCCUAGAAUUGCUUUUUUGGACUCGUUCGCCCCUGUACAGUAUCUUUUGUUGUUGUUGUUGUUGUUUUUGUUGUUAAGUAUAUAAUAAAAGUGUUGUAUUUC